AUGCUUUGUAAAUUGGUUUUCCUAUCAAACGAGAUAAACUUAUCAACCAGCAAAGAAAUAUCAAAUUACUAUCAAAUCUAUUAAUACGAUGAAUCUUUAUAUAUUGGAUUUCAGUCAACUUAUGAAGCCAAUAUAAUAGUUAGAAUAUAAUAAAUCAUUUCCAAUUAAUGCAUUUUGGAAUGUUAAAAUGAAACCGAAUGUAAAAAUCAAUUUUGCAAUUGCAAUUUUUAUCAAGUUGGCUAAGAUUGCAAUCUUAUCAUAGAUGAUCUCACUUCAUAAUAAAUAUUUUAGGGUAAAAAGAUUUAUUAUGUUGAUGUCUAAAAAGGGUAAAAUGAAAGUCAAUCAGUCUUAUUAGAAUUUCAAAAUUCAACUACCUUCUACGGAUUCUGCAUUACCUAAAAUUUCAAUCCAAACUUAAUUACAUAAUAAAAUAACAAAACAUUAUACAUUUCCUUAGAUUAGAUAAAUCAAUGCUACGAAUAAGUAAACAAUUUCAGAGAACAAUUUAACUCCUCCAUCAAUUACUAUUUUCUAAUAUAUUUUGAUACCAACAACCACACUUAUUUGGAAAGUGCUAUUCAAAAUACCGAUAAUAACUAACUCAUUAUAAUUCUUUCUACUAUUUUAUCCUCGAUAUCAUUCUGCUUUUUGUUUUGUCUUAUAAAGUCUAAAUGUUUUAAAAAAUAAAAAGAACCUGAGAAAGAAAAUCAGAAAUACGAACUAAAACAUGCUCCAUCCCUCAUUGAUUAAUUCUUCCCAUCCUAAGAAUUCGCGGCACUUCGAAAUAAAUGCGAGAAACUCGUGACACUAAAUCAAUGCCUGAUUUGCCUUGACCUGUUCUACGAUGAUUCACGUGUAAGAGUCACCUAUUGCAAUCAUAUCUUCCAUACAUCUUGCUUUGAUAAAUGGAUGAAUGUACAUAAAAGUUGUCCUAAUUGCAGAAGUCUAUUCGACGAAGAAUCCAUCCUUAAAUAUUCCAACCAGAAAGAAGCUGAAAUCUUUUAAUGGAGUAGUAGAACAGAAGAAGUCAAGACCACUAUGAAACCCCUAAUCAAUGAGACUUAACAAUAAUAACCUUAAGUUUCCUAACUAGAUUCACAGAGAAACAUUCAAGCAUUUUGA